GUACUGUAAUCCUUGAAUACUCCGUACCUAAGGUACAUAUCAUGCAUACUCCAAGCCAGACGAAGUUGGUACAGCUACUUAUCGUAGACUACCUCAAUGCACCGUUGACAAGAUCAUCCCUCCAACCCCAGGAUUCAACAGGCACACACCGUCGGAGAGAUAACGCCCAUGCACUGCUAGAUUGUGCCCUUAUUGGCCUCUGUCUGCAUCCUGCCCACUGCAUGUCUCACUGUAAAAGUCCAUUGUAAGAGGCUCAGUCCAUCACUCUAACCAGAAUUGUUCACUCUAUGAGUCUGGAAACACUCUGGUUCAUCGCCUUGUGAGCCUCAUACACGAAACUGGAAGGUAUUGUAGGAGGCCUCAUGUUUCCUCCGCAGACGAGCACUGCAGAUAUCCUUGUACAAGGGGCCAAAAAGGACAGUAGCUUCUCAAUAGCUUGCCUGCAAGAUUACAAGCUGGCUCGAAGACGCCCGACAGCUCCUCACCAUGACCGUCACAGACGAGAGCGAGUCAUGAGAAGCAAGUCGCCUGAGCCAGGGGAGCAUAAAGGCUCAUGCCAUCUGCACUUUUUCUCAGAUUGUGAGUCUGCCAGGUGCCUUCUAAGGUUGGACACUCUCGUUGACAAAAUGCUCGUCCGACGCUUGCUGGCCUACUUGGGCCUCAGUGCCAUAGCAUUCGCUAAACGAAACGAUCGUCAACUCGCCAGAGGUGAAACUGAGACUGCUUGGGGAUGGUCUACAACGACAGUUUCAACAACUACAAUUCCAGUGUGGACCACGUCGACCACGGCGACUACCAACACCACCACUCCAGUCUGGACGCCUUCAACCACGACAACGACCACUGUACCUUGCACUGUCACCGCUUAUACCACUGUCACUGUCGCACCUAAUGUGACAUCUACAUUGGUGACCGUCAGUACGCCGCCGCCAUCGAUAGUCGUCGUAACUGGCACGGGUCCACGUUCCACAAUAACAGUUGUGACCACUGUUACAGGAUACCCUCCGACGAGCACUACGGCAUGGGGCAGCUCAACCUGGGGUGCUCCAACCACCACAGCUGCUUUCAAGCUCAAGCCUAGGGGUGGGGUAUGGUCGUCUUCAUCCACCGCCGGGACAAGCGCAGUCACCGGGUGGACUUACUGGAACUCCACGAGCAGCCAGUGGACCACCACCACAACGACAACAACCACGACCACGACGCCUACAACUACUACCACCACAAGUACUCCCCCAACCACCACCACAACCACCACCACGACUACCCCAGCCUCACCCUCAUGCGUGACGAUCACCUUGGCACUAACAGCUACCUCUGUUACCUUAGCUACUACAACGACAACAACUGCAGCAACACUUUUGACGACCACUGUGGAGCCGGCUCCUGCGACCACCACUUCCACACACUAUGUUCAGCCAACCUCGCCUGCGCCGGCACCAGUUCCUAUAUCAUCAACGUCCACCACCACGACCAGAACAACCACGACGACCACUACUAGCUCAACGACUACCACGAGCACCACGUCAACAACCACCACCACUACCACCACCACCACAACAACUAGGCCAACGACCACCACCACGCCAAGAACCACCACCACAACGCCAAUAAUUACCACCACCACAACCACCACUAGACCAACGACUACCACCACAACUACAACACCCACAACACCCACAACGACCACCACCACAACUACUCCCAAAACUACCACCACAACCACGACUGCCACGCUCUCCACAACCACAACCACUAGCACUACCACUACCUCAGCCACGACGACGACAACCACUCCUUCAAUGACAAGCACCAGCACGACGAGCACCACGACACCAUCACCUUGUGUGCCCGAAUCAACCACAUGGAUUCCCGUAUCCAAAAUCUCCGACGGUCAACCUCAAGAGCCAACAGGACCACCCGUCACCCAGAUCUCCGAUGGUCAACCUCAGGCGCCAGCCCCAACCGUCUGUCCAGCAACAACCACCGUCCCAAGCAUCGUUUCUUACAGCGUUCCAGCGGUCGCAACUUACACCACAGGCGCGGCCAAUCACUUACAAACUCCCAUGUUCGGACGCGGUGUCUCCGGCACAGCGCAAUUAGUUUGCCAAGUCCUGGCCGUCAUGUUCCCUUGGUUGCUUCUUUGAAGCAUCUGCAAGUAUUGAGCCAAGAAACGCCGUCGUGCGAUGGAGGAAGGCAAAAUCAGUUAAUAGGCGUAGCUGCGUUAGCACUACUAGUAGUCUUCUUACACUCUCUCCCAGGAAAAACUGGCCAAACAUCUGGCGAACGGGGUGGCAGGGACUGUGAACAUGCUAUAUCCCCGAGAGAGGCUAAAAGAUCCAAAUGCUCAG